UUGAAAUGUCAUACGAUGAAAACGAUCAAAUGUGAAAGCAAAGUGGGGAAAGGCCCAAAAAAAAAAAGAAGAAGAAGGGUUUUGACAGUUUCUAGCGGCCAUCGUACACCGUAUAGAGCUCCAGCUGAUAAGAGUCGGAUAAAGGACAAUGGAAGAAUCACUGGCAGAGCUAGAGAGAAUCCAAACCAGAAUACUCCAACGUAUAUCAGCGCUAGAGCUCUCUCAUCUGCACAAUCCCGAUUCUGCCCCCUUCCCUUCAACCUCUGACCACUCAAACUACGACGCGGAGGCCGAUACCGAAGCGCACCUCUCAGCCAUUCUCCGAACGCACGGGGUCAACGACUUCUCCUUCAAGAAGGUCCCAGGAGAUUACUACGAUUGGCCUCUCGAGGCUCGACGAGAGGCUCUCGCUGCUGCUUCCGUUGAUCAUCUCUGCAAAAGCAUUGUUUUGGUUAAUACGCAAGCCCAAUCUAAUAUUGUUGAUUGUAGUGAUCACAGAAACUCAAAGUACUAUGUUGUCGUAGUUCAGUAUACUGCUCGAUUCAACGCUGAAACAGUUAAAAAUUUCCUCUAUUUGCUCAACAAUGGGAAGAUAGCAAAAAAGAAAUUUAAUUUGAGGCUUGCACCUGAGGAAAUUUCUGUGAAGUUGACUGGAUAUGAGCACAAUGCAGUAACAUGUAUUGGCAUGAAGACAGAUAUUCCGGUGAUUUUGGAUGAAGCAAUUGCGAAACUUGAUCCUGAUUUCUUCUGGUUGGGUGGUGGUGAGACUGAUCUGAAGCUCGGUAUCAAAACCUCUGAAUUUAUAAACUUUGUUAAACCUUUCAUUGUUAAUUGUAGUGGUACUUGAUUACUGCAAAACUAGUUAUAAUUUUAUGAAACAAUACAUCGUCAAACAAAGACUACAAAAUAGAUACUGAAGAAUUGCCUACCCAUCAUAGGUUGCGCAUAUUCAUCAAAUCCUGGUUUUUCAAUAUACGUAGCAAGAGCAAAAGUUAUUUUUUCAAAGAGCAGGAAUUCUUACAUUGCUUAACUUUUAAAGAUUGUUUAUCAAUGUACUUGAACUCGAUGAGAAGACUAGAAAUUUUGAUUUUUAA